AUGGGUUUGUAUUCCAGUCCUCAAUUAUUGGCUCAUUCUAAAAUUCAAAUCGGCCCGUGUUCUCAUCCAGUUAACACUAUAGCUCUCACCAAUUCACUGACCUAUCUUUCACUAGGUUUAGCCAAUGUACGUAGAGGAUUGGAUUCAGAAAGUGAUGAUUUGGGUUCACUCUGGGGUACAUCAUUUGAGAUUUAUCCAGAUGAACCUUUAGGACCAGCCACUGCUUUGGCUGAAGGAUAUGUUCCUUUAAGUCAAUUUCAUUCGCAAAAACGUUUGACUGAUCUUACUAAUAGGAACCAUACCAUUCAAGCUGAUCACGUUUUCAGUCUAGAUCAAUGUAAUCUUGAUGAGACACAACCGCUUAUUGAAUCCGAGACAUCAAACAUGGUCCCACCCAGCACUCCUCGUACAAUCAAAGGGCCAAGGAAGCGAAGGCAGAAAACACUAGAUCCCAAAGAACCACGUAGGUUGCUUGCACCAGUUGAGCUCUAUGACAGACCAUGGUCAGGUUUGAUAACAGAUGAUUCUCAAAGCUUACUUGGCACGUCCGGUGAUCCGCACACUCGUCGACCACCUAAACAGUCCAAAACUGAUCUUUCAACAUAUACUCCUUUAACUAGACUUCAAAAUUGGUACAACAAGCCUAAGGAAUCAAACUUUGGUUUUGGUGCUUCAAAUCAACGGGACACUGAGAAGACGUUUGGAUCAACGUUUAAAAAUCCUUCUUGUCAUGCUACUGCACCUUCUCAAUGUAAAUUGAGCUUCCGAGUGCUCCUUCCACAUCCUUGGGACUGUUGA